GUUUGAGAAUCUUCAAUCAUUCAGCUGUUACCGCGAUGAAGUGGUUCGCUUUCAUCCUACUGCUCAUUCAGGCAGGAUGGGUUUCGUCCUGCAUUUUUGACAAAGUGGAGAGGUUGGAAAGCGUUACUUUUGAAAGACCUGUGGUUGACAACAUCAACGAAUGCUUUGCUGCGUGCUACGAGAACGCGAUAUGUAUUGGAAUCCAGUAUUGGAAGAACAAAAAGGAGUGCCACCUGUUAAACGCUGGAGAUACUCUACACCGUACUUUGAAUGAUGGCAGCGCCGUUGUCUACAGCCUCCUCCGCGACGACGUGGAUCCGACGUGCCAAACAUUCCUGAAUGUUUGAGUGUUGAAAAGCUGAUCGCAUGUCAUAAGUUUUUGAAGUGUUUUCUG